AUGGUACAGUCGAAGAAGAAGUUUCGCGGCGUCAGGCAGCGCCACUGGGGCUCCUGGGUCUCCGAGAUCAGGCACCCUCUCCUGAAGAGGAGGGUGUGGCUGGGCACCUUCGAGACGGCCGAGGAGGCGGCGCGGGCGUACGACGAGGCCGCCAUCCUGAUGAGCGGGCGCAACGCCAAGACCAACUUCCCUGUCCCCAGGAGCGCCAACGGGGAGAUCAUCGUCGCCCCACCGGUGGCAGCAGCGCGGGAUGGCCGCAGCAGCGGCGGUUCGUCCUCCUCCUUCGGCGCGUCCGGCGCCGGCAGCCUGUCGCAGAUCCUCAGCGCCAAGCUCCGCAAGUGCUGCAAGACGCCGUCCCCGUCUCUCACCUGCCUCCGCCUCGACACCGAGAAGUCCCACAUUGGCGUCUGGCAGAAGCGCGCGGGCGCCCGCGCCGACUCUAGCUGGGUCAUGACCGUCGAGCUCAACAAGGAGCCAGCAGUGGCGGCGGCUGCGGCGCCACCAACGCCCAGCGACAGCACCAUGUCGGCGACUCCUUCCUCGUCCACGUCCACAUCCACAACGACGGGCUCGCCACCAGCGUGCGCAAUGGACGACGAGGAGAGGAUCGCACUGCAGAUGAUCGAGGAGCUGCUGGGCAGGGGCGGCCCGGCCUCGCCGUCACAUGGCCUGCUGAUGCAUGGUGAAGAAGGCAGCCUGGUCAUCUGA